GGAGCGUCUGAUGUGCCCGACGGUCCCAGGAAGCAGCGGUGCUUAUUUCAUAUUUUAUAGCGAUUUAGACGGAGGAAGCGUUGAAUUUCGAGGUCAGGGUGUACAAAUGAAGAAAGUAAAAUAAUUUCAAAUUAUUUUAGGUUAGCUUGCUGGCGACGUCAGGGGACUUUUGUUAUGAUUUGGCGUUGAUAUCGACGAUGUUUACGGUGCUGCCUUAUAAGUUCCUCUAAAGGGUGGCCAAUAACUGGAGCCUUUAGCCUUCAACUGCCUAAAUAUUAGGCAGGAAAAUACGAAGAAACACAUCAUAUUUCUCUUAUAUCGUGGGGUGGCGGCAAGCCAAUAAUUGACUCUGGAGCAGGACACGGAGGAUAGUAUGGCCAUGACGGGAGGGACUGCAGCUGCCCUUCCCAUGAGCAACCACACUCGAGAGAGGGUGACUGUGGCCAAGCUGACAUUGGAGAACUUCUACAGUACUCUGCUCACCCAGCACGAGGAGCGAGAGAUGAGGCAGAAGAAGCUGGAGAAGGCCAUGGACGAAGAGGGUUUGCCAGACGAGGAGAAGGUAAUGCGCCGCUCGCAGCAUGCCCGUAAGGAGACUGAAUUUUUACGACUCAAGAGGACGCGACUUGGCCUUGAUGACUUUGAGUCCCUGAAAGUUAUUGGACGAGGUGCUUUUGGAGAGGUCCGUUUGGUGCAGAAAAAAGACACAGGGCACAUUUACGCCAUGAAGAUCUUGAGGAAAGCAGACAUGCUGGAGAAAGAGCAGGUUGCUCAUAUCCGGGCAGAGAGGGAUAUUCUGGUGGAGGCAGACGGUGCCUGGGUGGUCAAGAUGUUUUACAGCUUCCAGGACAAGAGGAACCUCUACCUCAUCAUGGAGUUCCUGCCUGGAGGUGACAUGAUGACCCUGCUGAUGAAAAAGGAUACUCUGUCUGAAGAGGCCACUCAAUUCUACAUUGCAGAGACGGUUCUGGCCAUCGACUCCAUCCACCAGCUAGGCUUCAUCCACAGAGACAUCAAACCAGACAACCUGCUGUUGGACUCCAGGGGACAUGUGAAGCUGUCAGAUUUUGGUCUGUGUACGGGAUUGAAGAAGGCUCAUCGCACAGAAUUUUACAGGAACCUGACGCACAACCCGCCCAGUGAUUUCUCCUUUCAAAAUAUGAACUCCAAAAGGAAAGCAGAAACCUGGAAGAAGAACCGGAGACAGCUGGCUUAUUCUACUGUGGGAACGCCAGACUACAUUGCUCCUGAAGUCUUCAUGCAGACGGGGUACAACAAGCUGUGUGACUGGUGGUCUCUGGGCGUCAUCAUGUAUGAAAUGCUCAUCGGUUACCCACCUUUCUGCUCCGAGACACCACAGGAGACAUACAGGAAGGUGAUGAACUGGAAGGAAACACUUGUCUUCCCACCUGAAGUCCCCAUCUCAGAGAGGGCCAAAGACUUGAUAUUAAAGUAUUGCACUGAUGCUGAGAACAGGGUUGGAGCAGUGAGUGUGGAAGAGAUCAAGAGUCAUCAGUUUUUUGAGUCAGUGGACUGGGAGCACAUCAGGGAGCGGCCAGCAGCCAUCUCCAUUGAAAUCAAGAGUAUUGACGACACCUCAAACUUUGACGACUUCCCUGAAUCAGACAUCCUUCAGCCAGCCAAUGCAACGGAGCCAGACUUCAAAUCGAAGGACUGGGUGUUCCUCAACUACACAUACAAACGCUUUGAGGGUCUGACCCAGCGAGGCACCAUCCCCACAUACAUGAAGGCAGGGAAGGCCUGACAUGCCGAGAUGGGGAGAUGGCGUUGUGGAGAAAAAAACAGACGUUUACGGACACAGGGUCGGGCCGUGGAGCCCCGCUGGUGCUGAAGGCUGCGCUGUCAGCCUCUCAGUAUAAAUUUAACCCUCAUCACAAGUUAUUUAGGUCUGCUCGGCCGCUGCAAGAACACCAAGAGCUCGGAAAUUAAGGAGCGUUACCGCAUUACCUCGGUUGUUUAUAUCGUAUACACGUGCCGUCUUUAGCCAUAGCUCUCAGGCCAGCUCACUAACUAGGACACUAAAUCAGCAUAUCUGCAUGUUCAGCGGCAUACUGCUUCUGGAGAGGAUUUUUUUUACUGCCGUGGGAAUGAGGAUCGAGUACAAAUCACUGCUUCGACAUCUUCACAGCGAUAGUUUCUACACUGGCGGCUAAAUUAGCUCUGCUGCAAACAUAGUUUAUAAUACUGAAGACAAGCUCUAUACACUGUAGACAACUCUGAAAGAUUACUGAGUAAGAACUGGUACCCCUCAGUCGUUCUCGUCCAUACUGUUAUAGCCUGUUUGUGGAUUUUAAAGGAAGGUUCCAGCAUGAUUUCUAUUGUUUUGGCUCACUUUCUGCUUUGUAUUUGAAGGGAUACUUUACCCCCAAAUGACCUUUUGUAUAUCAGUUAAUCACCAUGUGUUAUGUUGAAUUUGUGUAGAAAACUUUGUUUUUCUUGCAUGCCAACACUCUGAAUGAAGAAUCCAAAACCAUAGAAGAUUCUUGGUGAAUUGAAGUCAUAGGGGUCCAUGUUUAACAACCAAAAAACUAUAUCUGAACAUCUGCUUACAAACUCUCAGACAACUCGUGCAGUGUAAUCCAAGUCUCAUGUAUCUGUUGUAUGCUCAGUACUUCUUAAACAAACUGCCCUUUCCAAUGGGGGACUGAAUUCAAUGUAGCACAGGGUGAGUAAUUGAUAUACAAAUGGUAAUUUGGGGGGGGAUGAGGCAUUCCUUUAAGAGCUACUCCCACUGACAAAGAUAGCAUCCAUUUAAAUUUACAAAGUGAGGAAAAUCUGUAAUGCAUUUUUAAACUGGAACCUGGUGCAACCUCAACAUCAGCUUUUCUUUAUAUCAGAGGAGACAGCUACUGAAGAUCAUAGUGGUACUUGUUAGCAAAAUGCUAGUUAGCAAAAUGCUAGUGGAGCUUAGUUGUUAUCAAACUUGUCUGAGACAGUUGUAGGUACUCUAUGUUUAGCAUGCUAGCAGCAUAGCUACCACUGUUGGAUGGAUUGUGUGAUGACAUUUGGCAUACGCUUUCAUGUCCCUUUGGUGAUCCCUUACCUUAACGUCUAGCACCAUCGUCACAUCAAAUCUCUCCGUCAGAUGCUUUUGUUUCUGACCAGAUAUUUCUAAAACUAAUGACGUUCCCAUCAGCAUCAGCUGUACAAGUGCUAAUUAGCAUGCUACCAUGCUAAACUAAGAUGGGGGACAUGUUAACAUGUUGUCUGUGGAUGUUAGUAUGCUGAUGUUAGCAUUUAGCUCAAUACAUCUGGGAAUUCUUUAGGUGUAAACGUUUUUUUUUUUGUUUGUUUUUUUAAUCGUAAUCACAGUAUGAUUAUUUUUUGCCUGUGAUGGAGGAGAUUGAAUUGAACAUGUCUUUCUAGUAACAUUAGCAUCAAACAGAUAGAAAAUAUAAAACAAAAGAGCAAAAACCCAGAUCAUGCUGGAAUCCUCCUUUAACCCUCCUGGUGGUGGUAAACACAGUGCGACUUUGUGUCAGCCCUGCGGGACAUCUCUUCCUGUGGCACUGCCUCAGCGCUGUUGCUUUUCUCACAGAGGAACAACUUGUUGCCAGGAAACGUGUGAAUGCAGUUUGCCCUGUGCUUGACAUCCGUUACUGUGGAGUGUUGCCCAUUCACACGUAAGCCAAACAAAGUGCAGAGUGUGCCACUUCCUUCAGAGCCCCUCGUGUGGUUCAGAUCAGUGCCACAGUAAUUGAUCAUUUCCCCCUGAUUUUAAUUCUAGCGAGCCCAGGGGCCAAUCGCUUCCUUAUUAGGUGGACGAAACAUGCAAAGUGCCUUUAAAUAGCUGAGAAAUAUUUAACCGGAUAUUCUACGGAUGUUAUCAGAGACUAAACAGAAGGUAUUGAUUACUAUUAGAUAUAAUAAAACUGUUUGAAGAAGGGAAAAAAGUCUGUCUCUUAAAGUAAAUGGAAAGCUCUGAUGUGUCGGUUAUAUUUAGUGUGUCUGCAGAGUGAUAAAACACUUGACGUGAUAAAGGUGAUAAAACAGAAACAAAGGCAGAAUAGAAAAAUUGCAGGUUUUUAUAGGUUAGAUAAUUAAACCAGGGGCUCAUAAAAACAGAAUGCGCCAAGGCAAACACAAUGAACAAAGUGUCGUUGUUUGUCAAGUUAAGAUUAAACUAAAAUAGAAACUAAAUAAGAGUAGAUCAACACGGUGGAUAUCUUAGACACGUGUAAGGUUUUUGUCUGUCUCAUUUUAAUUCAAGUAUCCACUGGAUGUAUUUAAUGUUAUUUUCCCCCCUCGAUCUUAGAAGCUAAUGUCCUGUCUUUUUCAACAAAACCAACCAUGUAACCAACAUGUCUGCUCAGAGUUGUGACUAGACACAGCGCUAAACAUAGUUACCAAAGAACUCUGAUCAUCACACAUCGUGAUCUGAACACAUAUUCAGAUGUAGCUGUCGCUUAUCUGCACUUAACUGAAAACUACCUUUAAAAAAAACAACAACAAAAAAAAAAACACCUUUCCAAGAGAGCUAAACUUGGCUAAGGAAUAAUUUGCCAUUUUUAUUUCUAGAAAACGAGUGAGCAGAGACAGAUGUUUCUCAGUUAGCACAUCUGUUAAGUGUCAAAACACAAGCUAUAAAUGUACACACAGGCACAGGACAUAUACCGAGGACUCUUACCAUGUUGAACUCAAGUUCAGCUGUAGCCAUCACAGGAAUCCCAUAUUAAACUGUGUGUGGUGCUAUUUCUGAGGAAUUGAUAGGGAACGUUUGUGGUCUUGCAGUUUGAUGAAGUAGAUUGGUGUAUGAUGAUACACCUGUACCAGUGUGUCUUCUUAUAUUUUAUCUGUUUAAACUGGAAUUCAUCCAGUUAGUCCUGUUAGGCCAAGAGCGCACCGUAAGGACUUGGAGUUGCAUUACAUAAGCAAUGUGCAAGGGUUGUAUAUUUCUGCAUUAUUUAUUAUUUUUCAUGUGUGUUGAUAGAUGAGAUGUUGUGCUGAUAUUCUGUAUAUUUAAAUCGGAUGAUUUUCAUAUCAAUUGGUUUCCCUAACAUUUUAAAGGGGCACUCCAGUGAUUGUAGAAUUGCAUCCAUAGAAAUAGAAUGAGAGUAGAAUGGACAUUCAAAUCGUCAGAGAGGCAGCCAUGUUUAUGUGUACUAAUGUCAUUGCAAGUGUUGUAGUGGGCCAACUUUUGUAUAUACUACCAUAUAAACAAACCAACUUGCGGCUAGUCAUGCACUCACUGAGGUGAGGUUUUGCCGUUAUACCGAACGAGUAGUGGAGAAUUACUUUUUUAAAUUAGCAGUCCGUUCAUUUUAAAAUAUUACUGUAACUGCUAUUUCCAUGUUUCUUUUGUUUGUUGAAACAUUAUGUAAUAUUACUGAGACUGAGGGGAUAAACAGCAUGCAUAUGAGCAUAUUUUUUACAUCUAAAGCCCCGAUCAUACAGAAAACAUUUUAGCAGCUGGAGGUGCCUUUUUGUUAUUGGUUUUAUUAAGAAUGAAGCUUUUUACUCAGCCGUUUUUGCAUUGCUCCUGCACUCAAGGCGCCUUGCGUUUUGUGGAGCGCUCUGAACUCCUCGAGUUGAAAAAACUCAGAGUGGAAAAGCACUCCACAUCAUUUCUUUUUCAUCAUCUUUUUUCCCAUUGUCCAAUCAGAUGAUUUGAGAGGCGGGCCUUCUGUGGUGCACAGGACAGCAUGUUUACAGUUAGUAAACAAUGGAGGAGAAACUGGUGGUAGUGGUUGCUAGAUACCCAGAGCUACGGCCCAACGAUAGACAGCAGGUUGUCAAACUGCCUCCAAGUCAUCCUAAAAUAUGUCUGGAAACUGCCAUCGCCAAUGCGAAGCUCCUGGACCAACUGGUGGUACUCCCCGUGAUCCACCCUCUUUUUCAGGGUCUCAUGUACCCACACAGAUCUCAGAAAAACAAACAGUAGAUUGAUUACAUGGGAAGGUUAGGGUAAGGACGCGAUGGGGUAAAAAGAUGCAGCAAUUUAAAAAAAAAAAAAAAAAAAAAGUGAUGCGCCUGGCAUUUUGCAACUUGCAAAAUGCUUUCUGUGUGAUUGGGGCCUAACUCAGUGACUUAAAGAUUCAUUUUGACUAACCCAGAGCUGGUGAUUGUUAAAACAGUAGACUAACUUAACUAGACGACUAACAAAAUUAGCUGAGAUGGUUUUAUGUUGUUUUUGUCGAGUGUGUUUUUAACCAUGAGUAAACAAAGAAAUUAAGCUAACAUAAGUUAGGAAGAUGAAAGAAAGAAACUUGGAUUGGUUUGUAGUUGCAUUUUUCUUUUCAUAAGGAAAAGACCCCACUGACAUGUUGUCACCGUAUAAACAAUUGCCAUUUUAUUUUAUACUAGUCCAGUGGCCACAGGAAACAGCUCAAUGUCCAUUCUAUUCAUUCUAUUUCUAUGACCACACCUCUGUAAAGCUAGGGACAAAUUUUUAAAAAAUGGUUACAAUUGUUGCAGCAGAGGCUGAGAUAUCUUUACCCUUAGUCCCUUGUAUGGUCAAAGUUAAAAAAAAAACAAAACAGUUUGUCCUACACUUCCCAUAAUGCAACUUGAUAGCAGCUUUGAUCAUUCUCCUCCUGUCUUGUAUAAAUGCCUGUCUUUCAAACAUGCCCCAUUUGUGAUGCAGCCUUUAUAAAUUGGUAGUCUCUCAAAGCAGAGGUAACCGUUAUGACAUCAUCGUGACAUCAUCAGGGUAAUUUCAGUGACAUUUGAGAUCUUGGUGUGAAAAAACAAUGGAGUGCCCCUUUAAUUACAAACAGAAGAUGUCCUAAAACAUACAUGUGUAGUCUCAUAUCACACAGACAACCCUGAUUGGCCAGUAUUUCGCCCAUACUAAAAAUCAAAAUGUGUGAUUCUAACUCAAAUGUCAUCAAAGCUAAGACCAGUGUGCAAGAAGAUGUGGUCCUACUGGAGGACAGUAGCAGGACAGAUGCAUGAUGGGGGAUUUUGUUGAUGGCUACCGCUGCAUAUUCCCAGUCGUGUCUCAUCACCUGAACACACCGACACAAUCUGGACAAAGCCAAACUGCUGUAUUCAGGGCGUCCUGUCUCACAGCCAAACAGUUAGGAUUGUUUAUGAGCAAUGAGUGUGUGUGUGUGUGUGUGUGUGUGUGUGUGUGUGUGUGUGUGUGUGUGUGUGUGUG